AUUUCAUGUUAAUUUUUCAAAAAUAACCUUGAUGUGAUGGGUAAAAAUAGGAUGUGAUGUGUAGAUUAUUAGUAAAAAGAUACUCCGAGUAUAAUGUGAUAGGCGAUGUGGAGGGGCGGCGUUGACAUAGAGGCCGGAGGGAAGAAGCCGGUGGCGGAAGAGCCGCCGGAACACCGGUGGGGAUUCAUUCGAAAGGUGUACAUCAUUUUGAGCAUCCAAAUCUUCCUCACCGCCGGAGUGGCUUACGCCGUCGUCAAAAUCCAUCCCAUCCAACAAUUUUUAACGUCCACCCCAGCUGGAAUCGUUGUCCAAAUUCUUAUCAUCAUCACCCCCUUCAUCGUGUUGAUUGGAUUGUGUGCGUAUUCAGAAAAGCAUCCGGUCAACCAUAUCCUUCUCACCAUUUUUACACUUUCUUUUGCUCUUCUGGUCGGAUUGGCUUGUGCACAUACUAAAGGGGAGAUAGUUUUGGAAGCUUCAAUCCUGAGUGGAGUGGUUGUAACUGGUCUUACUCUUUACACUUUCUGGGCAACAAAGAGGGGUCUUGAAUUCGAAUUCCUUGGGCCAUUCUUAUUCAGCGCAACCUUGGUGUUGAUUGGGUUCGGCUUGAUUCAGGCAUUUUGGCCAUUGGGUAGGCUUUCAAGGAUGAUAUACUCGGGAUUGUCAGCGAUACUGUACUGUGGGUACAUCAUAUACGACACAUAUAAGCUCAUCAAGCGUUGCAGUUAUGAUGAAUACAUAUGGGCCGUUGUUUCAUUAUACAUUGAUGUUGUGGGCCUCUUCCUCGGUUUCCUGGGCAUUGGCAACAACAUUUAAGUGCCAGCAUUAGCCUUUUGAAAAGAUUAUCUAAUCCGAAACAAGACCAAAGUUGUUGGUGUAAACAAUUUUUUUUUGUUAUAUGGAGUAGAUAACAUGUGUCUACGUAUUCCUUAUUUCGAAUUAUUUUUACAAUCUUAUUGCUCGAUAAACAAGCUUAAUUUUC